AUACCAUGUCGGCCACCGUAGAAGAGCAUAAACAUCCAUGAUUACGUUGGGAGUGCCCGGUGGUUUUCUACAUCAUUUGUAGCUAGAAAGAUUGAUAAUCAUCAAUUCCGACGACUUUGAUAGAGGCAUCCUAUCCCAAUAGAGGAAGAUGAGGCUGAAAGAGAUCCAGAGGACAGCUCAUCCAGCAUGGAGUCCUGCCCCCCACCACCCUAUCUGCCUGGCUUUAGGCACGUCAGCUCAGCAGCUGGAUGCGUCGUUCAACACCACUGCCGCCUUGGAAAUAUUCCAGGUGGAUUUUGCCGAUCCUUCCCUGGACAUGAAACUCAAGGGGUCCCUACCUACUUCUAACAGGCUGCAUAGUCUGGUGUGGGUAAACUUUGGAGCAGGAGAAGACGGUUUGGGAGGGAGACUGAUUGGAGGCAGUGAUAAUGGCACGGUAACGGUGUAUAGCCCAGAAGCCAUCGUAACAUCAGGGGAAGAGGCAAUUAUAGGACAGUCUGACAAACACACUGGGCCUGUCAGAGCACUAGACUUCAACCCCUUUCAGAGUAAUCUGUUGGCGUCAGGGGCAAACGAUUCAGAGAUCUACAUCUGGGAUCUGAACAAUUUCAGCAAUCCAAUGACACCCGGGACAAAGUCACAGCCUCCUGAAGAUAUCAGUGUAGUGUCGUGGAACAGACAGGUCCAACACAUCCUGGCCUCUGCAAACCCCAGUGGGAAAGCAGUGGUCUGGGACCUGAGGAAGAACGAGCCCAUCAUCAAGAUUGGUGACCACAGCAACCGGAUGCACUGUUCAGGGAUGCUCUGGCACCCUGAGGUGGCCACACAGUUGGUCCUGGCCUCAGAAGAUGACCGCAUGCCAGUCAUUCAGAUGUGGGACCUGCGCUUUGCCACGUCCCCUCUCAAAGUUCUGGAGAACCACACAAGGGGACUUCUGUCCAUAGCGUGGAGCCAAGCAGACCCAGAGCUGUUGCUCAGUAGUGCUAAAGACAACAGGAUCCUCUGCUGGAACCCAAACACUGGAGAGGUGAUCUAUGAAUUACCAACCACCAACCAGUGGUGCUUUGACAUCCAGUGGUGUCCCAGGAACCCAGCGCUGCUGUCGGCGGCCUCGUUUGACGGGUGGAUCAGUGUUUACAGCGUGAUGGGAGGAAGCCUGGAGGCCCAGCAGCAGAGCAGGGCUGAUCAGAUUGGAAUGCAGUCUUUGUGUGGUACUUUGCCACAGAUCUCCUCGUCCUUUGACACCAUGGAUCCGUUUGGGACAGGCCAGGUGCUGCCCCCUCUGCAAGUUCCCCAAGCCACCCCUCAGACCACCCUGGUCGCUCCGCUGAAGAAGCCCCCCAAGUGGGUUCGUAGGCCCGUAGGAGCCUCAUUCGCUUUUGGUGGGAAGCUGAUCACCUUUGAGAGUCCUAAGGCUCCGGCCCAGAGCCCACAGCCCGUCCCUGUCCCCAGGCAGGUGUUUGUGAGCCAAGUCACCACGGAAACAGAGCUCCUCCUACGUUCCAGGGAGCUGCAGGCUGCUCUGCAAUCUGGAUCCUUGUCAGACUACUGCCAGGCCAAGAUCCACAAGGCUCCCACAGACUCUGAACAGGACAUAUGGAAGUUUCUCCUGGUCAACUUUGAAGAUGAAGCCCGGGUCAAAUUCCUGAGACUUUUGGGUUUCAGCAAAGUGGAUUUAGAGAGAAAGAUAUCCACCUGCUUGGGGAAGAACGUGCAGCCUAACGGAUAUGGAGUGGAUGCCAACGAUCUGGCUGAGAAGAUACAGCUCCUCUCUACUCAGAGGUCAGAAGAAUCUGGGGAUGCGGUCGACUCCACCAAGACUCCGGGUUCAUCCUCCCCAUCUGACUUUUUCAGUCAGAUCCCACCACAACCACAGGACAAGGAGAAGAUCAGCUUCCAAAUCCCUGUCUCAGCAGAUGCAGAUGGUCUGAUCAGCCAGGCUCUGCUGGUGGGAAACUUUGAGGGAGCGGUGGAUCUGUGUCUGAGCGACGGGCGAUACGCUGAGGCCAUCCUGCUGGCUAUCAGUGGAGGACAGGAGCUACUGCAGAAGACCCAGCAGACAUACCUGGACAAGCAGAGAAACAGCAUCUCUAUGCUGAUCUCAUCCGUGGUGACCCAGAACUGGGGAGACAUGGUGCAGAGCUGUGACUUGGAUAACUGGAAGGAGGCCCUCGCUGCUCUCCUGACCUACGCUCAUCCCAAACAGUUUGCUCAUCUGUGUGAGACCCUGGGGUCGCGUCUGGAGGGGGAGAGGACAGAGAAACGCUGUCUGCAGGCAUGUCUCUGUUACAUUUGCUCUGGGAACAUUGAAAAACUAGUGGAAUGCUGGGCCCUGCAGAGGGACUGCUCAUCUCCCCUGGUUUUAGAGGACUUGGUAGAGAAGAUGAUGGUUCUGCGUAAGUCUGUGGAGCGUCUGAGGAACAGCGAGGUGGUUGUACAGAGUCCUAUCCUGGCUGACAAGCUGACUCACUAUGCUGGUCUCCUAGCUUCACAAGGCAGCCUGGCUACAGCCCUGUCCUACCUGCCAGACUCCUCAGACCAGGCUUGCAUCAUGAUGAUGAGAGACCGGCUGUUCCACGCCCAGGGAGGGGGAGGAGCCGCGGGGGAUCAACAGCCCCCACCGUUCCCUUACAACGUAGUCAGGGUGACGGGGGGCGACCCUGACCCCGCUCAGGCCCCUGCUGUCCCCGCCCAAGCACAACCACCAGCACAGACAACACAGACACCGGGGCCCUACCAGCCUCCACUUCCUGUGAUGCCAGUGGCUGGCCAGCCUCCUAUGACUACAGUCUUCACUCCUCAAGCUGUUACUAACUCCAGAGGGCCACCUCCUCCUUCGUAUGGUGGUCUGCCACCCUCCUCCCAUGCUCCUCCACCUAGUGGGCUGCCACGUACAGGACUACGACCAGCCUACCCUCAACAUCCUGCCACUGCCCCAGGGUUCUCUCCACUCCAGCCAUUCCAGCCACAACAGCAGCCCAUGUCUGCAGGACUAGGUGGCCCCGGCCUCUCUGCCUUCCCUCCAGGACCUGCUAUGCCAGGCUCCAACCUGUCUGGACCUCCCCUGCCUCCCUUCUCUGCCCCUGGCAGCCUCCCCACCAUGCCCAGCCCAGGGCUACCUCCGUCAGGCUUCACCCCCACCUCGCUCCCUUCAGGCCCCAUGCCACCCAGCUACCAGCAGCCUGGGGCCCCCGUCGGCAUGUACCCACCAGGGGGGUCUCACCUUCACAGCCAGGGCCCACCUGCAGGUCCCCCCUCUGGUCCGUACCCUCCCCUGGGACCUGGGUACCCACAAGGAGGUCCUGGAGCCCCGGCCGUCAAGUCCUUCUCUGCUCCGUCGGUUGCUCCUCCUCCUACAGGACAAGAUGGCUGGAAUGACCCACCAGCAGUACGAGGGGGUUCUAGGAAGAAAAAGGUUGCCCCAGACAACUACACCCCUCCUGCUCCCAUCACCGCCCCUGUUAUGGGGGGUUACCCCAUGGAGGGCCAUCAUCAGCCCCAAGGACAGCAGGGCCACGACCCCAGUCGCACCCAGCAGGGCCACGACCCCAGCCGCACGCAGCAGUUCCCCCCAGGGGCCCCUCAGGAGCCCAGCGUACAGCUCCUCCAGGCGCUGCCGGCUGAGAGGGUGGAGCAGAGAGAGAUCCCUGCAGAGCACAUGGUCCUCAAGCAGACCUUCGACAGCCUGGUUCAACGCUGCCAGCUAGCCGCACAAGACCCACAAACAAAAAGAAAACUUGACGAUGCAUUGAAACGCCUUGGUUACCUGUAUGACAAGCUGAGAGAGCAAACGCUGUCUAACAACAUCCUGGGGGGUUUACAUGAGAUCAGCCGCUGUGUGGCGGGCAAGAACUACCAGCGUGGCCUAGAGGUCCACACUGCUGUGGUCACCAGCAGCAACUUCAGCGAGAUCCAAGCCUUCAUGCCCAUCCUCAAAGUGGUCAUGACCAUCGCCAACAAGCUGGGCGUUUGACCACUGAUCCCACACCAAGGCUUCUAGAAUAAACCUCAUUUCCUAUCAUGCUCUACUUUUGAACAGAUCCUAUGGGCUCUUUACAGGCCCUGUGGGAUCUGAGGGCACCGAGGGCCCUAUGAUCUAUGAAGGGCCCUCGAGGGCUCUAUGAGGGCCCCGAGGGCUCUUGUCAAAAGUAGUGCCCUAUAUAGGGAGUAGAGUGCCAUUUGGAACACUCCAAAACACACCAAGAUAAAAUAGCCUUCAGUGUUAUCAUAUGGGUGGAUCACAAUGUUAUAGAUUAGAUAUUUAUUUCUCUUUCAGCUGUUGAAAUGUGCUUUGAUAAAAAAACAUGAUUGUAGAUGUGUGGUUUUCGCUUGACUAAAGCCGACUGAUUGAAAGGUUUCUGACUUGGCUGAUGAGAGGUGUUCUUCUCUCUGAGAAGAUGAGUUACUGUGGUGGUUUAUCAACAGCAAAACACCCAAUAUUAUUAAACAAGUUGAGUCCUUUAGCUUUUUGAUGGGAAGAUACCUGAUGUUAAAUAUAUAUAUAUGGGGGUUACUGAUGUGGGAUGAUGUAGAUGGCUGAGGAUUUAAAUGUCAUGUGUUUGAGAGUGGAGAAAGAUACGCCAUGUCUCUGAACAAUGUGGGCUUGGAUUCUUUGGCUGUCAGUGGGAUGUGUUACCAUGUUUAUAACUACUGAGGGAAGACUUGGGAGAGCGAGGUUGUGUUAUCCACCUUCCUACCUCAUCUUUCCUUAACAAACCACACAACGUCCAGCUGCUUUUAGAAUAGUUAAGAAGAGUGAAUGAGUUAUAUACACUCUUGUUAUACAUACUGUACCACAGUGCUGAUAUUGGUACUUGUUCACUGACAGACCAGUGUGUUCUACAUACCAGUGUGUUCUACAUACCAGUGUGUUCUACAUACCAGUGUGUUCUACAGACUAGUGUGUUCUACAGACUAGUGUGUUCUACAGACUAGUGUGUUCUACAGACUAGUGUGUUCUACAGACCGGUGUGUUCUACAGGCCGGUGUGUUCUACAGGCCGGUGUGUUCUACAGGCCGGUGUGUUCUACAGGCCGGUGUGUUCUACAGGCCGGUGUGUUCUACAGGCCGGUGUGUUCUACAGGCCGGUGUGUUCUACAGGCCGGUGUGCCAUCUCUUAGUUUGUUACGUUUUCAGACCAAAGCACUGCAACAACUAGCUCUGAUCCAGGGUGUUACGUGCAGCUUGUUGACUCAGAGCUGUGUCAGCACCUGCACAUUACGCCCUGGUCCAGAGCUAUGCAACAACAGAAUGUAGUUUGAUGAUUCUUGUGGUGUUGCUGGAUUUUUAUAGUCAGUCCUCGUUAGUCACUAUAGAGUGGCCCACUGCUGUCAGCUAGCUUGUGUGAUUGAGAACUGUGUGUGUCCUGGUUGUUGGCUUUGCCCCCUGUUUAUAGUGUGCUGGCGUCUGUUGUGUUUAAACUGUAAUAACCACACCACUAAACAGCUUUGGUGUGGUUACACUUGACAUUUCAUGCUGAUUUGAAGAACGUGGCAGUUAUCGACUGAAAUAUGAUUUAUGGCAAAGAAACUCAUGAAUAAUUCUCUUGAAAUAUUUUUGUGAAUUGGAAGUGGUGCGUAAGCUACACUCCCCCUAUUUUUUGUUGUUGUGUACGAUUUCCCUGUUUAAUAAAGAAUUAGUAUUUCCCCGUUUUUAAUAAUGAAUUAGUAAUUCCCUGUGUUUAAUAAGGAAUUAGCUAUUCCCCCUGUUUAAUAAGGAAUUUAGACAUUUCUUAUUUGACCUGUUGCAUCCUAUAUUUAGUUUCUAAUUGUGCAUCGCCAUAGAAACGACCUUCUCACGCCACCUUGUUCUUUUUCGGGAGGGGGUUUGUGCCCAAACAAUGAUCACACCAAAGCUGAUCCAUUCUAGUGAUCACACCAAAGCUGAUCCAUUCUAUUGUUUUGUUCUCAUUGGGAGAGGCCUAUGAUUACUUAUGUACUAAAUAUGAGUCUAGAUCUAAUGUGCUAAUUCAAAUUAAAUGUUUGAGAGCUGGAGCAGUGGAAACGCGUUCUCGAGUGAUGAAUCACGCUUCACCAUCUGGCAGUCCAACGGACAAAUCUGUGUUUUGUCGGAUACCAUGGAGAACGCUACUUGCCCGACUGCAUAGUGCCAACUGUAAAGUUUGGUGGAGGAGGAAUAAUGGUCUGGGGCUGUUCUUCAUGGUUCGGGCUAGACCCCUUAGUUCCAGUGAAGGGAAAUCUUAAUGCUACAGCAUACAAUGACAUUCUAGAUGAUUCUGUGCUUCCAACUUUGUGGCAACAGUUUGGGGAAGGCCCUUUCCUGUUUCAGCAUGACAAUGCCCCUGUGCACAAAGCGAGGUCCAUAUAGAAAUGGUUUGUCAAGAUCGGUGUGGAGGAACUUGACUGGCCUGCAGAGCCCUGACCUCAACUCCAUUGAACACCUUUGGGAUGAGUUGGAACGCCGACCUCGAACCAGGCCCAACAUCAGUGCCCGACCUCAAUAAAGCUCUUGUGGCUGAAUGGAAGCAUGUCCCCGUAUUAAUAUUCCAACAUCUAGUGGAAAGCCUUCCCAGAAGAGUGGAGGCUGUUAUAGCAGCAAAGGGGGGGGACCAACUCCAUAUUAAUGCCCAUGAUUUUGCAAUGAGAUGUUCAACAAGCGGGUGUCUACAUACUUUUGGUAAUGUAAUUUACUAUCUGAUGUGCUAUGUUAAACCCUGUUGUGAUUUAGUUUAAUUCUGUACUAUAGGUUGGUUGAAGAUAUGUCAGUAAAACAGGUUGGCCAGAGAGAGCAAACAGAGAACAUCAUGUGGCAGCAGAAGGCAUUGAAGUACCUCACCCAGUGCUCAUUAUUUGUUGCACAAAUAUUUAUACAAUCCAUUGAUGCUUACAUUGCCAUCUUUUGCUGUAUAUAUUUUUGUUUUGAAAUAAAAACAUUUGAAUUCA